UUUUGUGGUUUUUGAAGGUUUUUUAUGGCAACUUCCUAAGGAAAGCUGCCAGCCUGGGAGGCAAAUCAGAGUGAGAGACCCCUGCAUCCCCUCCCCGGGGUCUCCAGACCCCUCGCCCCCGGGCAGGGCAGAGCAUCUCCCGCAGCCCCUGCGGGUCGCUUCUCCCCCGGUCCCCCUCUGCCCUGGGGGGAUUUGGGCUGGGUUAAGCCAAACCCCGGGGAGGGUUUGGCGAGCGCAGAGACCGCCCAGCUCAUCGCACGGAUGAGCGGGCAGUGCCGCCCGGCUCCGCCCCGGGCUGGGCAGGGCGAGGGAGCGGAGCCGCUCCCACUCUCAUCGCCGGGAAGCAUCCCGGAUUGCGGGGGGGCGGAGAUCCCGGGCUGAACUCCCAAACCGCAGGGACCCCCGGGCAGCGGAGAGGGGGGCUCUGCCCGGCACCCGCCGCCGGGAAGCAUCCCGGGAGGGAGGAGCUCCUUGGGUCCCGGGGCUGAGCUCAGGGACCCCCGGGCAGCGGAGGGGUCUCUGCCCGGUCCCCAGCGCCGUGGGAGUGGACCCCGGCGGUCGCCGCGUUCCCCCCGCCGUGGGAGCGGACACCCCGCAGAUCCCCGAGGAUUUGUACCUGUCCAGGCCGUCCCGCUGGCAGGGGGUGUUUGCCAUGGACACUGGGCAUGUCAGCAGAUCCCGCUUCAGUGUGGCCUCCAGCCCGCCGCGGUGGGAGAUCGGGCUCUACACCGCCGGCGCCUUGGCACUGCUGGGAAUCGCAGCCAUCAACCUCUGGAAGCUCUGGCGUUCCGGCAGCUACCCGGCCCCUUCCCCCUUCCCAAACUAUGACUACCGGUACCUGGAGCAGAAGUACGGAGCCGCGUAUCCAGACGUCAGGCACAAGCGAGGCCUGGCCCCGGGCUCGCAGCGGACGCUGGGUCAGAGCACUGCCAGCCGCAAGAGCAGCCUGAGGGCAGAGGACACCUUGGAGAGCAUCCAGGAGCUGGGCAGCCUGGAGCUGAUGGGCAGAGACCUGGGCCUGGCCCACUACGGCCCCCUGAAGAAGUCCAUCUCGGCCGACUCCCUCAACUCCAUCUCGUCCAUCGGGAACAACUUCGGGCAGGAUUUCACGGUGGGGCAGGUGGAGGUGUCCAUGGAGUACGACGGGAGGGCGGCCGCCCUGCACGUGACGCUGCUGCAGGGCAAGGACCUGCUGGAGAAGGAGGAUGGGCGGUUCGAGUCCUGCUUCAUGCGGAUCAGCCUCCUCCCGGCCGAGCAGAUCGUCGGCAUCUCUCGGAUCCAGAGGAGCGCCUACGCCGUGGCCUUCGACGAGCGCUUCUCCAUCCCGCUGGACCCGGCGGCACUGGAGGAGAACAGCCUGCGCUUCUCCGUCUUCGGCAUUGACGAGGACGAGAGGAGCGUCAGCACCGGUGUGGCCGAGCUCAAGCUGUCCGACCUGGACCUGGCCGCGCGACCCUUCAACGCCUGGCUCUACCUGCAGGACAUGAGCAAGCCUGUGGACACGGUGGGGGAGAUCCUGCUCUCCCUGAGUUACCUGCCCACGGCCGAGCGGCUCACGGUGGUGGUGGUCAAAGCCAAGAACCUCGUGUGGAGCAACGGCAAGGUGACCGCAGAUCCCUUCGUCAAGGUGUACCUGCUGCAGGACGGGAGGAAGAUCAGCAAGAAGAAGACAGCGGUGAAGAGGGGGGACACCAACCCUGUGUUCAACGAGGCCAUGAUCUUCUCCGUGCCGGCCAUCGUGCUCCAGGAGCUGUCCCUGCGCGUGACAGUGGCUGAGAGCAGCGAGGACGGGCGCGGUGACAACACGGGCCAUGUGCUCAUCGGCCCCACAGCCAGUGGGAUGGGAACCACGCACUGGAACCAGAUGCUGGCCACGCUGAGGAAGCCCGUGUCCAUGUGGCACCCACUCCGCAGGAAUUAGGGGGGCUGCUGGGGGGGCUGCACCCCAACACCGGCUCUGCCGGGCACAGCGAGGCCCGGAGCCGCCAGGCAGGGGCCAAGUGGGACUCUGUGGCACCCCAAAGGCCGAGCUGCCGGCGCCUCAGAGGGGCAGCUCCUGCCUAAACACCCAGAGGAUGGAUGGAGCGAUUCUGUGGCUUCAUCUUUGCCCUCCUGAGUCCCCCACGCACAGGGACUGCAGACAGACCCACUGGGAAGGAGCCCAGACGGACCAAAACCAGCCAGAACCUCCCCAAAUGGCUGGGCUGAGCAUCCCAGCGGCCUCAAAAGCAGUGGAAUCCGCAAACAUGGACUCUAAGGCUGAAGGGGAGAGGGGGGAUUCCUUUGGAAUGUGGGGUUUUUUUGAGGGGGUGGUAAAUGCCAGCAUGGCGUGGCUCCUCUCGGUGCAAGUGGUGAUCCUGGGGGGAUUUUUAAGAGGAGUUUUGGUGUGUUGUGCUGGGGAUGGAACGUUUCCAAUGAGAAUGGAAAAAGGGAGCAAUAACAGCAGAAAAAGCAAUUGUUAUUACAUAUGGCUUCUCCUUCCAUCUGUUUUCCCCCACAGUAAAUCCCUGCCCGUCUCCACUGGCUGCAAGGACGGGGCUGGAAGUGGUUCCCAAGCCCUUGGGUUCGAGGGUGACAGGCAGAGGGCUCCACUGGAGCCCCUCGUGGCAGAGGAUGCCCUGGGGCCACAUCCCCCCUUGCCUGGAGCCUCGGCUUUUCCCUGCCUGCAGGAUGCUGGUGGAAAGCCAGGCUGGGAAAUCUGGGGGCUGUAUGCCAGGAAAGCAGCAUGAGCACAGACUUGGGAUGUGGCUGUUUGGAUGAUCAAAAAAAGUGGGAAUGAGCCGUUUAUCUGUUUUCCCCUGAUUAAAGGUGACUCUGAGGUGAGUUACCCCAUGAGCUGGUGGCACUUUUUCCUUCUCCUCUGUCCUGCCUGCCCUUUGCUUUGGGACAGGGCCGUCAUGUCCCUGUUCCAUCAUGGCCCUCCUUUCCUGUAUGUGCCCGUCUCUGCUCGCCGAUGCCCAAUUUCCCUCUCCUGUGCUCCAUCUCUUCCUCCUCCCCACCUCCCCCUCCAGCAGCCCCCCGUCCCAUCUGCUGCCAGGUGAGUUGGUGCCAUCGCUCCGUGGCUGACGCACGGCCGGCUCCAGGCACCAAGGCAUGAGCCAAGGAUGGAGGGGCUGGAGGGAUGAGGUUUUCUGAAGGAUGAGGAAGGCUUUUGGGAAGUUGUUCACAACCAGUACUCAUAGGUCCUGAGGUCUGGGGGAAAAUUUUCUUAUUAGUUACCACAGCCAGCAUUUGGGAAGAGACAGAUACAGAAAUCCUUGGCUGUCCUGCAGCUCCUGCCAAGUGCUGAGCCUUGCUCAGGGUGAGGUAAGUGACUUCCACAGCUUCUGGAAUCACCCGUGGGCAACAUCAGCGAUGUUCAGCCCCAAAAUGAUGGGGACCACGUGGCUUGGGGCUGUUUAUUGUGCCCCUCUUUGGCCAUUCGUCUUUCAAGGCACCUCAGCACCUUUUCCUUCAUCCUGGGGACAAAAAAAUGCUGCUGGAGCUAUUUUUGGCAGGGAUGGAUGGACCCUGUGAGUGGGACUGGAGCCACUAAGGAGAGGGGACAGGGCAGUGGCUGUGUGGGGAUGGAGAGAGGCUUUGCAAAUUGGGGUCUAUGGGCAGGAAGCAAUGUGGGAGAUGAAUUAGUUUGGGGGGUACAGGAUUGGGAAAAGAUCUGGGAGGGACAUGAGGCUCCCUCGUGCCUGGGGGGGCUGCACUGCCUUUGCUGCUGUGGGGUUCCCAGCGGAUCCUGGUGUCCCAGGAGCUCCCCAAGCCCAAAGCAAGCCCAGAGCAGGGCUGAGCCCCCUCCCAAGGCCCUGGCCUGGGUGGGAGGGCAAGGGGCAGCCAUGAGGGGUUUGGGCUGUGCUGGCUGCGGUGCGGACGUGCCUGGUUGCUCUGAGCAGUGCCGGAGGAUUGCUGGGCUGGGAUGCAUUUCCUUAGUCACCCUCCCCGGGGGCAGAGGGUCACCUGCGGUUUUCGGUGCCUCCCACUUUCCUGCUCCCAGACAUCCAUCUUUUGCUGCCACAGGGACCAACGUGACAGUGACAGCUCAUUGCUUUGGGUGUUUAAUGCCUGUCAGACCGGUGAGCUCCGGCCUCUGUGAACAUCCAUCACCAUGUCUAUACGGAUAACCAGGACAAUGCAGCAGCAUUCCCUCCCCAAAUCCCUCCCCAGCCCCUGGCUCCAGGCUGUGUCCCCCUCAAAAUUGAGCCCCCCACUCCCCCCAGAGCUCAGCAGCUGUGGCCUGUGAUGGCUGAGCAGCGGCUCCAAGGUUCAAAAGGUGGGAUUCAGGGCCCUCAUUUCUCCUUGUCUUUCUUUCUGCCCUUCCUCUGGCUCGUCAGCUCGCUCAGCUUCUUGUCCAGGCGCCGCUGGAGGUGGGCUCGCUUGGCUGGGUCCAGGGAUUUGUCCUUGGAGCCGCUCCCGGGAUACAGGACCCCUUCCCUGCUGAUCCGCUGCCGCGCGUGGGCCUUGGCCUUGUCCCCACAGCCGUGGACCUGCAGGGGGAGAACAGACAUCCGUGGUGGCUGGGAAGCAGGGCAGGGAUCAGCCACCUGGGAACCAGGGCGUUCGUUCCCAGAGCCUGGAAUUCCUCUGCCACCUUCACAUCCCCCUAAAACCACCUCAUGUUGUUGGUACCCAUAAGUGAUAUUAUUAUUUAUUUUUAAUUAUUAUUUAUUAUCUAUGUUUAUUGUUAUCUAUUGUUCAUUAUUACAUUAUACAUUAUUACGUCAUUAUAUAUUAUAUAUACUACAUAUACCCAUAGAUUUGGGUUUAUUUUAGUUUUUAGUUUAAUCUUCAUUUUAUUAAUAUUUAUAUUUAUUUUUAAACUCUAUAGAUUUAUAUAUUUUAUAUUAUAAUAAUUAUUUAUUGUUCAUUACAAUUCACUUUUAUUAUUAAUAAUAAUUAUUGAUUAUUGUUAUGUAUUUUAUUAAACCAUCAUUUCUGCUUUAGAACAAAAUAUAAAGGGGAUUCUUCUCCUGGACUGCACAGCAGGUAAAUCCUUUGGGAUGAUUCAAGUGGCUCCUUCUGCUUAUAUUAUUAUAUAUUAAUUUUUAUUAUUGUUUACUAUUCAUUAUCAUUAUUUAUUCUUAAUAAUAAAUUGAUGCUUAAUACUAUUA